UCCGAAUAUCCCGCAGGAUAAACCCAAGAUGGCACCCGGAAUAUUCCCGCCACGCCGCGGCCGCUUCGAUUUCCACCGUCGCCCGCCUUAUAAAGGCGCCUUCCCGUUUCCUUCCCCGUCGCGACCUCGCCACCCAAUUUCAAUUCGGUUCAACGCCGGCGCUUUCCGCCGCCUCGCCCCGGCCAAAUCCUCCUCCGGUCCUCUCACCCCGCCGAUCGAGCAGGAGACCAGCCGCGGCCGGCGCGACACGCACAAUGGCCCAGCUCAAGGCCGCGCGCGUCGCCGACGUGCCCACCCUGGACGUGGUGGCCCCCGGCCUGGUGGUCGCCGGGGCGGACGCGGCCCCCGCGGCGCGCGCGCCGGGCGGGCGGUUCUCGGUGGUCGGGCACCGCGGGAAGGGGAUGAACGCGCUGGCGUCGGCGGACCGGCGGCUGCAGGAAGUCCGCGAGAACACCGUCCGCUCCUUCAACGACGCCGCGCGCUUCCCCGUCGACUACGUCGAGUUCGACGUCCAGAUGUAUCAGAAGAGAACCGUGAAUAUCGAAUUUUGCAGGUCACCAAGGAUGGGUGCCCAAUCAUCUUCCAUGACAACUUCAUCUACACCGAAGAAGAUGGCAUAAUUUCACAGAAGCGCGUCACUGAUCUUCAGUUGGAAGACUUCGUCCAGUAUGGACCGCAAAAUGAGCAGGGGAAGAUCGGGAAGCCCCUCCUUCGCAAAAUGAAGGGCGGCAGAAUGCUGAACUGGAAUGUGCAGUCAGAGGAUGCUCUUUGCACGCUUCAAGAAGCAUUCGAGAAGGUGAACCCGAGAUUGGGCUUCAACGUUGAGCUCAAAUUCGAUGACUAUCUUGAAUACGAGGAGGAGGAGCUCACUCGCAUCCUCCAGGCCAUCUUGAAGGUGAUCUAUGAGUACGCCAAGGACAGGCCUAUACUCUUCUCUAGCUUCCAGCCUGAUGCUGCGCAGCUCAUGCGGAAACUGCAGAGCAAAUACUCUGUAUACUUCUUGACAAACGGAGGGACAGAGAUUUACACUGACGUGAGGAGGAACUCGUUGGAGGAGGCCAUCAAGCUAUGCCUUGGCAGCGGCCUGCAAGGGAUAGUUUCCGAGGCCCGUGGGAUAUUCAGGCACCCUGCUGCCAUACCAAAGAUCAAAGAGGCCAACCUCUCCCUGCUGACCUACGGAACAUUGAAUAACGUGCCGGAGGCCGUGUACAUGCAGCACCUGAUGGGGGUGAAUGGGGUGAUCGUCGACCUGGUGCCGGAGAUCACCGAGGCUGUCUCCGAGCUCAUCGCCCUGCCAGAGCCUGACCCUGAAGUCGAGAACUUGAGCAACAACCAGGCUGCUAAAGGCGCUGCAACACCGAAUUUCUCGCAACGCGAGAUCUCGUUCCUGCUGAGGCUCAUACCUGAGCUUGUCCAAUAAUGCCUCGCCUUCCAGAUGUCUAUCAUGAAUGAAUGAUCUGAUGUAUUACUGAUUUAGCGACCCGCAUACAAGAAAAAAAAAAGCCCUUGCGCAGGGUUAUAUGUUUAUGUAGGUUGAUGAUAAGUCUAUCCUGUCCUUAAGCUUGUCCUGUUUUAAUUUUGCUGGGAGGAUUGGGGAUUUGAUCAAUGCUGUAGUAGGCAGGGCAAGUGGUGGUGAGGUCUGACAGAAACAAGCUGACAAGUGUUUGGACCCCUGAAAGGAGUCUUGAGUGUAGUAUCUGUAACGCAAUACCGAGCUGUUUGAGUUAAAUCGUAAUGUAUUGAUGAGAGUUGUUAUGAGCAGUGUAUUUUUAAGAUG